AAAUACAGGUGUACUGCCAAACAGAUCCUCUUGUAGGCUGCUAGUACACGUAGGGACUACCAAAUGGCAGCCUUAUUUGGGAACACGUUUCAUGUUUGUUUUGCUCCUCAACUCGGUUUACUUUUGGCUCAAAUGUAAAAAAGGUUGGGGUCCCCUGCUCUACGUCAUACUAAACAUUCAUUUUAAGGCGAACUCCAUGGAGAAAGCAGCCACUCCAAGAUCAUUAAAGUGGCCUUCUGGAAAACAAGAAAUGGUCUAAGCCUUUUGUGACUCGGAAAUUCUUUGAACUCCUAUUUAACUCCAAUAAUGGGCCAGAUUCAAUCUGACGAGAAAAUCUUAUCGCUCUAUCUAUCUUUAUCACAUGAAAAUGCUAUUGAAGCCUAUGGGAAAAACUGGAAGUAAAUCAGGAGAAAAGUUUUAGUGUUCGUGCCCCAGGGAAUGCUGCUUUCUGCCAGAUCAAAAAUCCCGGUGCUCGGAGCAGAGAGAUAGUUCCAGGAGAUGCUCCUGAGCUAAGGAAUGGUCUACAAAUAUUCAACGUUAAACGUGCACAGUGUAAUGAAAGAGAAAGGAGUAAUUGGGGGGGUGCUGGUAUUACUUUAAUGCCCAGAUUGAGAUCCAAACAUCUCCUGUUUUAUUUAUACUCUGCCUUGUAGGCAGCUGGGAACUGGUUUCUGCAGCAGUUACUCAGGUAGAGGCAGAGUUGGGAUCAGGUGUGAGCAGCUAACUUACCUUAAAUGCAGGUUUAUUGUACAGAGUAAAUCAUCCUCCACAGGCUCUGGCUCUGAUGAUCUUCUUCUGCACUUGGUCUGGAUUAAAUCCAAAGUAAUGAAAAUGUUCCGUCUGAAGUGGAAACGCCUGUAUUCUAGGUUUGGGCCAUGGAAAUGCCUGUUUGGGAUUCUCUUUGGGAUUAUUGUAGUCUGUGCUUUUCUGCUGUACACGAAAAUAGGGUUUAUUGCAACAACCACCGCUCAGCACGCCCAGGAACAACUGCCCCCCUUGUAUUCUGAUGGAGAACUCAAGUCCAGGUUCAGCUACUAUGAUCUCAACCUUUACCAAAAUAGCCAGUGUCUCUGCUCCGCUGAGAGAAGCAUUGAAGUGUUUAAUCUCAAGAAAUAUCUGAAUCCAAAUGACGCUGAAGCUAUGAAAGCCAGAAGAAAGAAGGAGCAUGAGCAUUACAGCAAGAGGCAUCAUUCCCAUGAUAUUCUCAUGGCUGCUCCAAACUCCCCCCUUGGCUAUCCAGCCCAUGGUAUCCAAGUUAAACCUCUUCAUACUCUCCUGCUACCGGGGUUACAAGUCAACGACGAUCUUCAGGAUUACGUGGUAACAUUAGAAGCUUCCAUGGGGACUUUUGACACCCUAGUGAAUACAUUGAAUAUAAGCAAAAACAUUGUUUCUGGGAGAGGAGAAAAACGUUUGGUUAUACGUACACCUGACCUGAAUCUACUGAACCACAUCCUGCGCCACGUUACCUACACCAGUUCCGUAUACGAUAUCGACAGUCUGGAUAUCAUUGAAUUCACUAUGGAUCAACACGAAGCUAAGAUUCCAGUAUCAAUCCGACAGCCACCAAUGAUACGUUUAUAUGACCCAGGAGCAGAGCAGAAGAUUCAGUCCUUGCUCACAAUAACCACCAAAACCUUCCUGCGCUAUGACAAGCUGCGAGCGCUGAUAAGUAGCAUUCGCCAGUACUACCCGGAUAUCAAGAUCAUUGUAGCAGAUGACAAUAACGUGACAGAGAAGAUUGACGAUGAGAACGUUGAACAGUAUUUCAUGCCAUUUGGAAAGGGCUGGUUUGCUGGAAGAAAUCUCGCCAUAUCUCAGGUGACCACCAAAUAUUUCCUUUGGGUGGAUGAUGAUUUCCUCUUCACUGCGGACACCAAGAUCGAAAAGCUGGUGGAUGUGAUGGAGUCAACCAACUUAGAUGUGGUUGGAGGAAGUGUGGAUGGCAACCAUUUUAGCUUUAGACUCCUGCUACAGGACGGUGGUGAGGAAGGGGACUGUCUGCACUGGAGAGGAGGGAGCUACCAAGAUAUUAAGGGCUUUCCAAAAUGUGUGCUGACCGGAGGAGUUGUCAACUUUUUCUUGGCGAACACGGACCGCAUCUUAAGUGUUGGAUUCGACCCAAAGCUCAACAGAGUGGCACAUACUGAGUUUUUCGUUGAUGCGUUGGGCCGACUACGCAUUGGAUCUUGUAGUGAUGUCAUUGUUGGGCACCAAAAAAAGGAACAAUCCGCUUUCGGCUCCAAGGAUGAAAAGGCCAGAAUGUAUGAUUCCUUCAGAACAAACACCAAUGAACAAGUAACCAUGAAACUUAUGCUUCAUUACUUCAAGAACAGAUUGAGCUGUUUCACGAAACAUUAAAACUGCUGGAAUUGGGAAAGGAGGUUUAAUAUCUCAGGGAGCAGCGGUUCAAGUGUUACAAGACCAGAUGUAAGGGUUGUCCAUCAAGUUAAUUCAUGUGAUCCAGGGUCUAAGAGAAGUUUGAUUGAAUGUUGACCAACCAAGAGCUUCAUAGCCAUAUUACAUAGUAUCGCUAAGAUGAACCUUAAGUGACUUGAUCCAAUGAACACUGGAUAAUGUGUCCCUGUGAAUUUUACCGGGCAACAGGUAUCCUUAUACAGAACAGACAAAAUUGCUAGUGUGUCAAAUAGACAUUGACAUUGAUUGUCACCAAUGGGGAGAUGUCUUGGGACAUGGACUCUGUCUCUGGCAAUAAUGCAACCCCAGCACGUAGAUGAAUGCAAAUAUGCAGAAGGAAUAUUCUUUGCACACAAAAACAAGUUGGGAAAUGAAUGAAAGUUUAAUAAUGAUCGUAUUAACGUUACUUUAUAAUGGUGGUAAAAUCUAAUUGUAAAUUUAAGGGCAUCUCUAUAUUUUGAAAGUAUAUUUCACCAACAGAUCAUUUAUUUACUAUUAUGUGACCUAUCAAAGAGUCAAACUGAUUCAUACACGUUAAUAAAUAUUUCAUUUGA